GGACAUGCCUGCCUAGCAGAAAGCAGCCCUGCGACAGAAGAGAGGAGGAGGAACGCUCUGCCACAGUCUAAUCACAACACCAAGGAUUCAGCUUUGGUCACUAUGGGUUCCGUGAAUUCCAGAGGUCACAGGACAAAAAUCCAGGUGGCAAUGAUGGGCUUGGACUCAGCAGGCAAGACCACUCUUCUGUACAAACUGAAGGGCUACCAGCUGGUGAAGACGGUCCCCACUAUUGGUUUCAAUGUGGAGCCGAUUGAAGCUCUUGGGUACACACCACUGAUUCUCUGGGACGUCGGGGGGCAGAGCCAGCUCAGGGCCAACUGGAAGGACUACCUGGAAGGCAUUGACAUCCUCGUGUAUGUGCUGGACAGCACAGAUGAAGCCCGGCUGCCUGAGGCAAUAGCUGAGCUCAUGAAAAUCCUGAAGGACCCCAACAUGGCUGGUGUUCCCUUUUUGGUGCUGGCCAACAAGCAGGAGGCACCUGGUGCUCUUCCACUGCUUGAGAUUAAGAACAGGCUGGGACUGGAAAGAUUAGAGGAUCACUGCUGGGAGCUCCUGGCCUGCAGUGCCCUCACUGGUGAGGGGCUGCCUGAGGCCCUGAAGAGCCUGCGGAGCCUGCAGAAAUCCCACAGCCGCGGCUGCCUCCAUGUGAGAGCCCACAGGAUGGGGAGAGCAAGAAAUCCUGACCGGGCCUGAGCAGCUUAUCUCUGCCCAUAGGAACCGAAAGGGCCAGCUAAUCCUUGAGAAACUUCAGCCCAGGUUAACAAACAAAAACAUCUUUCUAUUCUUGGACAGGAUAUUUUCUUUUUUGGAACUUAGUAGUGUUUAUGUUGAAAACCAAAUAGUCUUUGAACAGUGACACUCUAAGAAACUUAACACACUUUACUUACUAGUUCAUUACCAUGUGAAUGAAGCAAUAAGCGGUUACAUAUAUAAUAAAAAGUGAAGCCUAAGUUCACAAAGGCAAAGAGGUGUGAAAAUCAGGUUUGAGUAUCCUCUGGACAUGGUCACAGUCACUGUGAAUGAUUUUCCGCAGUGGCUUCUGGGAAUGUGCCAGGUCUGGCAUAAUCAGGGCUGGCAGCAGGCGGGUAGGUCUGCUCCCACAGAACCUGCAGUUGAGAGGUUCGCUGGGGUCCUCCACCCUGGCCAAAGGGGGUUGGGAGUUAAGGCCUUUCACAAUGCACCCUCCUCUCUAACUCUGAUGAACACUUGUCCAGCCUUUGUCAUUCCAUGCUGGUCUUUUUCCUCCACCUUCAUUUAGUUUCUUUUUUCCUUCUCUUUUUUCUUUCUUUAUAGCACGUAUCUUUCCUUAAGGACCUUUUGGUUAUUUCACUCAUUUAAUAACUUAAUCAGAAAGUAUGUAGAGCAUUUAAUUUGUGGCAAAAAGCACUGAGUUUUUAGAUGUGGACCAGGUGUUUGUAGAUGUUGUGAAUUCUGAAGAUAAGGAUGACAACAAAGCUCUCUCCGUUAUUCAUAGUACACUGAAGAUCAGAACGCAGACAGCGUGCUUAGAAGGGCUUUCAGGGGAUUAUUACCAAGGAUCUACAAAGGUUCUGAACUUAUUUGCAAAACAUUAUGCUUUGGGUUGUUUUUAAAGAAGAAGGUCCACAACUUUUACAGACUUUCAAAGACAGCUGGGACUCCCUAAAAUUAAGAAUCACUGAUCUAAUCUUACCCCUCAUUCAACCUGGGGACCCUUUAUGUCAUAUGAGUGUUUUUGAUGGCAAAGAGCUUACAUUUGAUGCCGGUUCUCAUGUGAUGCAGCACUAACAAUCAAAUAGCCCUUUCUCUCCUGUGUUAAAAUCAACUUCUGUGUAGCUGCUGCUGGUGGUUCUGUCCUCUUUGAAGUAACACAGUACAAACUGGCCCGUGGAGCCCUCCUAACAUCAGACCUGCCGCUCCUCUGCCCCGAUUCUUCCCUGCCACCAUGAGCUUUGCGUGCCUGAUUCUUGCUAAUUCUCAUCAGUUACCAUGUUUUAAGGCUUCCUGUGUUAGACACUAAUGACACAAGCGUGAAUGAGCAAGGGCCCCACGCCAUGAAGUCGGUUAGAGAAGCCAGGCUCUGGGGCUGGGCUCUGAGCUUGCUGUUGUAUGUAGAUCACCUCUAUGUUUCACAACUCCGCAAAGCAGGUAUAUUCUCAUUUUAUAUAAUGAGAAACAGAGGCUUAGAGAGCUCAUGAUUUCUCGCUGCUUGAGGCACAGAGCUAGUAGGUGACAACUGGAAUCUGAAACAAGCUGUGGCGAGCCCUGUUGCAUGCAUUCUUCCCUGACAUCAUGCUUUUAGGAGGUUUAAGCGAGGGUAGGCCUCCAGCCAGCAGAUGUGCUGGAGGAGUACCCUUGUCGGAGGGGAGAGACAGCUUGGAAGCAGGAGGGCGGGAGUAGGGAGGAUUACUAAGCCCAGGUACCAGGAACAGGAGGUUGGGGUGAGGGCUGAGAAAGGGUAACGUUAUAACAGGAAAAAAAAAACUGAAAAGGAAGUUUAGGUCAAGUUGGGGAUGGCUGCUCAGACUUCAGGAGUUUGACUCGGACACGAAAUCAUGGGGCUUACAGCUAGGAGGUUAACAGUGGCAGCAUGGGGGCGUACAGAGAAGGCGGGUACUCUGGGAACAAGGAGGGACAUGGAGACCAGCUGGGUGAGCUGCGGGAGAGAGGAGAAGGAGAGAAGAAGAGAAA